AUGAUUGAAUCCAUUUUAAGUGGCCGCAGAAGAAGUGGCCAUCAAUCAACAGCAUCAAUAGCCUCUGUAUCUAUUGAAAUACUUCCCGAGUUUGGAUGGUCGAUGGGGAAUGAAAGGCUAUUUGGCCCGGGUACCUUGUUCCAAGGCCAUGUUGUAGUGAGGUGUAAAGAGCAUUCAGCUAGAGCAACCCGACUUCGGAUGCACUUUCAAGGCGUGGAAGCCAUGUUGACAUAUGAUGUUGGGCCAGGCAUCAUUCGAACAAACAGUAAUCAGUUAUUUGGCGUUCGUCAUACCUUGUGGAAAAAACUAGAUGACGAUGAUGGCCUCCAUGCCAUGACAACCUACAAAUUUCUAUUUACAAUUCAAAUGCCAUUUGUUCAAUUCCCACCGUCCAUGAACCACGAGUACUACAGAUGCACCUACAAGCUAUCAGCGUUCUUGGAUCCGUCAUUGGGAUACGGCGAGGUGCCUGUCAUGUCUCAGCAGUACAUCAAUUACAUACCCUUAAUAGAAACAAAACUGCUCAAAGCCCCAUUGUAUCUCGAAGACCAAAAGAGCAGACGAAAGCAAGUACCAUCACUCAACAUGCCAUCGGUAACGGCUAAACUUCACUCUGUAGAAUACUUGUCAGGUGAUACAAUACAAGCUACCAUUUGCCCCAAAUUCACAGAAAGGCAUUCCUCUUGCAACAUAUACGAUUACUAUGUCACCAUGAAUUUGUACCAGGUUUCAUCCUUCAAUGCAGAUUCUGUGCCAGUUCUCAGUCAAUUAGUGGAAACCAAAUCACACCAUGUCCAAGUUCGACAGGAAAAGAACAAUAGCAAAAGCAGCGAAUUUCAUGUAGACCUGAAACUCAAGGAAGAUCUUCCACCUUCAUUUGAAUACAGCAAAAUCAUGACACUUGCCUACAGGCUAAAAGUCAAGGUCUACAUAAAAAAACAAAAGACAUCCUUUUCCUUAGGAGCAGCAAAGCAAUGCAAGCCAGCGGAAGGCAGCAAAAAGUUAAAGGAAAUGAUAACUACGUUCCCAUGGCCAUCAACUGCCAUGUCUACUUUUGAGUCUGAUAUUGUGGUGGGCACAUUGGGUCGUGGUGUUCGUGUAGGAGAAGAUCUACGAAAUUAUGCUAGUUUUCGUACAAGUGAAGUACCCAUUCCCAAGUUUAUGAAACAUAUUGAAUAUGAAGAUGAGUUACCAAGAUACGAAUCUACAAGGUUACCUAGCUAUACUUCAGAGAUAGUCCAUCAACAGCAGCAUGGCACUAUUACUACGACGGGCUCUAUCAUCUCGGGGACAUCUCUGGAUGGAAUCAGAAGUAGCUUGUAG